CGCAUUAAAUGGCCAUGUUUGAUCCCCGAUGGAGGCCGGAUGAGUCACCCGCUUGGAAGUUGUGCAUUUCAUCAUGUCGGGAGAAGCACAACGGGAACGCUGCUGUCAAUGAUGAUAUAUAUUGCUCUGAUCCUGCUAUCCGAGUCUCCAGCUCGUCAAGAUGUCACUACUGCGAUCGUCAUUCCUAACUUCUCUGGCAUUCAGCGUGGCCCUCGUCCACGGCCAGGAGUUUUUAAGCUUCCACUCGCGUCCGGAUCUUACCCCGUUGAAACUAAUCAUCACGAAAGAGCCAACAGCGGAAUACCGUGACGGCUACUAUUUGACUUGUCCUUGGAGCACCGACGUCCCUCAGCCGGCGCCGGCGAUCUAUACAUCUAAGGGUGACCUCGUAUGGACGGACCCCGAAAUUGGUCAAUGCUUCAACCUGGAUGUGCAAACGCUCAACGGCACGAACGUGCUCACAGUGUGGAACGGGACGCUCAACACGUUCGGGCGCUAUGGCGUCGGAAAGUCAUACAUACUGGACUCAACGUACGCGGUGACGCACGUACUCACGACCUCGAUCAACGAUACUAGCGACCUGCACGAGUUCACCAUCCCGAUUACGACCAACUCGACUGCGCUGAUUCCGGCGUACCUGCCUGUGCAGGCGAAUUUGUCCGAAUACGGCGGCACUGAGAAUGGAUGGGUGCUGGCAAACUUCUUCGAGGAGAUUGACAUUGCCACCGGCGAGGUGCUGUUCAAGUGGAAUUCCACCGAGCAUGUCCCCUUUUCGGCCUCAUACACAACUGCAGAGAAUAGUACAACUGCAUACGACGCUUGGGAUUAUUUCCGCAUCAACUCGGUGGACAAGGAUGACAAAGGCAACUAUCUCGCUGACUCCAGCCACACACAAGCCGUCUACUACAUCAAUGGGACGGAUGGCGAAAUUAUCUGGCAGCUCGGAGGGAAGAAUAAUUCAUUCACAUUCGGGACCAAUGCCACGUUCUACGGGCAGCAAGACGUGCGUUUCAUCAAAAAUUACACCGCGAUCAGCAUGCAUGCUGGCGAGGCUACCACUGGACAAACUACCGCCCGCGGGCUCGCCUUGGAUCUCAAUUUCACCACGAUGGAGGCGACCUUGAUUGCAGAAUUCCUCCCCUCGGAACCAUUGACAAGCACUUCUCAGGGCUCUUGCAGGUACGAUCCUGAUGGAAACGUGGUGGUUGGGUGGGGCUCGAACCCAUGGAUCUCCGAGUACCUGCAAAACGGCACGCUGAUAUACUCCGCGGCACUGGGAGGGCAGAAUUUGACCGGCUCGCUGAUCGAGAACUACCGCGCGUUGAAGACGACGACUUGGGUCAGCUACCCUCAGACGGUGCCAGACAUUGCCUUUAAUGGAUCGGUUGUGUGGGCUAGCUGGAAUGGCGCGACCGAAGUCGCCACUUGGGAAGUCCUGAUCGGGUCGCAUCCGAAUGUGCUCAGGCCGGCGGUGCAGGCCCCGAAGGAUGGCUUCGAGACCAUGAUACCCGUCCCUCAAACGACAUACGUCCGCGCAAGGGCAUAUAAUGCUUAUGGUGUCGUGCUCGGAGAGAGCCACGUCCAUUCUUCCAACGGGACUGUGGAGUCGGCGGAUGGUCAUUUCCUUAAGCGUUCAGAGAUCGAGGGCGCUUCCAGCUUUUAGACGCUUUGAGUAUGAGGACGAUAUUUACGCCAGUCACUGCACACGGGACCGUUUAACCUCAAGCAGCAUUGACAUUACUCAAUCGUCUACCUUAAUGUCAGGCUUCGCCUGAAUGGACGAUAAAGCCACGGACAUCAUGAUGGACCCGCGAUAAUGAAACUUCGCUUGCGAUCGACCAUUUGGUAUGUAAUUC